UCAUCAAUGUCAGUCCCGUUCAGGCACAAUGUAUUAUGUAUUCCACUGGUGCCUCGCAAGACUAGGUGAGGGUUCUCGAGCAUUUCAUUGGCCAGUAGAAUGGCGACUGUUUCCUUUGCGGGAUCACCAUUCACAGGGUCCCCGACAAACCCCUGUCAACACUUGACAUCCAAACCCUGCAUAUCUCUUUGCCCUGUCCUGCCACACCUGCCUUAUCAACAACGCUCAGCGGAUACCAAUCCGAUAUGCUCGAUUGACUCACCGCUGGUCGAGGCCGCCCAUGAGGGACGAAGGAGGCUGAAGUCAGAUGCUAUUACUACUAGUGCCGACUCCAGAGCUCAAUUUUCAGACACAUGGCGAUACCGGUACAACAAAGCUGCAUCUCGCCUAGGGGCGCGUCGUCUCGCGGCGGCCUGGCGGGUUCUUGUUUCGCCGCUAUCAGGAUGCAGUAUUGUACGAAAAAAAAGAAGGAAAAAAAAAAGCCGUUCUGUGUCUCUCGACUCAAUCAACAGAGCCAUGACAGCAGCCAUGACGAUACUCUGCUUUUUAAUCAACGAGGGCACGCCUUGUAUAUUCAAAUUCCGGCUGCAAAGGUGCGAUGCUCUGGUUUGGCUUAAUAGCGAACUCUUGGUUCCCAUUUUAUCAAAAGAGUAUGCACGCACGAUUGCCAGUAACUGUGGACGGCCGGAAGUUUCUAGAUCUACGGAAGGUUCCAUGUGUUCGUCCCCGUCAUCUCCUUGCGCCCGUUGGUUUUUUCGCUAUGUUGUUUUACAGCUUCACUCACAUGUCUAUUCUGAUCUCCGUUCUGAACGGCCCACGAGAGAAACAGAUUGCGAUCAAAUGGUUGGCCAGGCGAGUGCGCCGAAGAGAAGCCAGGAUAAGAGAAUGCGGCGGUUGCAGAACCAACCACAGCACGUCUUCUCUUGUCAUCGCUCCUAAAAUUUCCAACCCUCCUUGUCGAAAUGGGCGGGGAAAGAAGAUCGAGAUGGGCCAACUCAUACCGUGACUCUUCCACCAAGCUGCGUUGUAGUGUUACUCUUGGCUGAAUCCCAAUCACUGGCUAGGCUGAUUCCACAGAGUCCGCUACUCGCGAUGGCUGGGUUUGGCGAAACAGUCGAGUCGCUCCUGGAAACAUAUUCCAAGUGUUUGUCGCUCCUGAAGGGCUUA